AUGGAGAAUCUUGCUGGGAGAAAGGGAAAGCGGCCAGUGUCAUCUUCAGGUGCUGCCAAUAGCACGGGAACAGCAAACACAGCUGGGCCUUCCCCGAGUUCAGCCCCUUCAACUCCCUCAACGCACACUCCUGGAGAUGUAAUCUCAAUGCCUGCCUUUCCCCCUGAUGGUACUGGGACCCUUACAUCACCAUCAAAUCAGUUGUGGGAUGAUAAAGAUCUUGAAUUGCAGGCUGAUAUGGAUCGAUUUGUAGAGGAUGGUUCUCUUGAUGAUAAUGUCGAGUCUUUUUUAUCCCAUGAUGAUGUGGACCCUAGAGAUGCUGUUGGUCGAUGUAUGGAUGUCAGCAAAGGGUUCACAUUUACGGAAGUACACACUGUUAAAGCAAGCACAAGCAAGGUUACUAGCUGUCACUUCUCAUCGGAUGGAAAGUUUCUUGCUAGUGGUGGCCAUGAUAAAAAGGCUGUAUUGUGCUACACAGAUACAUUAAAGUUAAAAUCAACCCUUGAAGAACAUUCAGCUUUGAUCACUGAUGUUCGUUUUAGUCCAAGCAUGCCACGUCUUGCAACGUCUUCAUUCGACGAAACUGUCAGGGUCUGGGAUGCUGACAAUAUUUCCACCCAAAUAAAGAUAACCUUAUCUGCUCCUGCGACUCGGAUGGUCAGAUACGCUACUGGAGUAUUAACAAUGGCAGCUGCUCAAGUGUGUUCAAGGGUGGUACAGCACAGAUGAGAUUUCAACCCCGCCAUGGAAGAUUUCUUGCUGCAGCAGCAGAUAAUGUUGUAUCUAUACUGGAUGUCGAGACACAGGCUUGUCGGCAUUCAUUACAGGGGCAUACUAAGCCUGUCCAUUCUGUGUGCUGGGAUCCAUACUAGGCACAUUGUUAUUGCAGCUCACCUGCAUGCUUGUGUGAUCCAAUAUAUCUGAACUUUUCAGACUUACUGCCUGCAGGAGAAAUGAAAUUUUUUCACUGA